AUGCGCGCCGCCGCCUUCGCUUUUUGUCCACAGAAGACGACGGAAACGACGCCUUUUCGCGUCUUUGAACAACGAAGAAGACAUCAUCAACAACGAAUCGGCCGCCACUUUAUAACGGAAUUUUACCGACGAAAACGACGGCCAUCCUCCUCCUUUUCCGCUUUGUCUUCUUCCUCCGAGAUGCCAAAAACCACCCCAGAGUCGUUAAAGCGAUUACAAAACGGAUCCGACGUCCGAGGGGUCGCGUUAGCGGGCGUGGAAAACGAACCGAUUACCAUCACGCCAGAAUCGGUGUUUUGCUUAGGCUGUGCCUUUGUGGAUUGGUUGAGAGAGACAGAAAAAUGUACCAAUAAUCCAAUGUGUACGGUUGGCAUCGGCCGAGACCCGCGAUUGUCCGGACCGUCGUUGAAAGAUGCGUUCGCGCGUGGCGUACAAUUUAAAGGCGGCGUUGCGAUUGAUUGCGAGUUAUCGACGACGCCGGCGUGUUUCUUCGCCACGGUGAGCAACCGCGAACUCGGGCCGGCGUACGAAGGGUGCGUGAUGCUCACGGCGAGUCAUUUACCGUUUAAUAGGAACGGGAUUAAGUUUUUUACCAAAGAUGGAGGGCUGGAUAAGAAAGACGUUGGGUUUAUGUGCGAAAGAGCGGCUGAAUAUAUCGCCGAAGCGGAGAAGGAGAUGGCGAAAGGCGGAGAGGCGAAGAUCGAAUCGAGACCGUACAUCGACAAAUACAGUUCGAUUUUGAGAGACAAAAUUAUCAAAGGGAUUAACGAUGGGACGAACGAACCGUUAAAAGGGUUUAAGAUUGUCGUGGACGCUGGGAACGGAAGCGGUGGGUUUUUCGCGACGAAAGUUUUAGAACCGUUAGGGGCGGACUGUACCGGGUCUCAGUUUUUAGAUCCGGACGGGAUGUUUCCGAACCACGCGCCGAACCCAGAGGAGAAAGAGGCGAUGGAAUCCGCGACGAAAGCGGUUUUGGCGAGUAAAGCGGAUUUAGGGAUUGUUUUCGAUACCGACGUCGAUCGAUCUGCGGUGAUUGAUUCGUUCGGGAAGGAAAUCAACCGGAAUAAGUUGAUUGCGGUGUUAUCGCACAUCGCUUUGCAAAAAGAACCGGGAAGCACGAUUGUGACGGAUUCAGUCACCUCUUCCGGGUUGAAAACAUUCAUCGAAAGUAAAGGUGGGAUACACUUGCGGUACAUGCGAGGGUAUAAAAACGUAAUCAACAAAGGCAUCGAGUUGAAUUCGAAAGGUAUCAACGCGCCUUUAAUGAUUGAAACUUCCGGCCACGGCGCGAUGAAAGAAAACUACAACUUGGACGACGGCGCGUAUUUAGCGGUGAAGAUAAUCAUCGAGGCGGUGAAGAGGAAGAAUGCAGGCGGUGGUGGUAUUGGCGAGAUUUUAGAGAGUUUGAAAGAACCGUUGGAGUCCUUGGAGGUUCGAUUGAAAAUAGCAAACCCAGAGUUUAAAAAAGUUGGUUCAGACGUCAUCGAACAGUUUAAGCAAGCGAUCGAAAGCGGGUAUUUCGAACCGAAUUUUGUCUGCGCGAAGGAAAACUUUGAAGGCAUCCGAGCCGAAAGUGAAGCCAAAGGGUGGUUCCUCUUGCGUUCGUCGUUACACGACCCGGUGAUGGUGUUGAACAUUGAAAGCGACGAGGAAGGCGGCGUGAAAAAAUACGCCGAGCAAAUCGUGAAAUGGUUCGAGGAGAAGAAGUUUGCAGACGUCGACGCGUCUGCCAUUGCAACGAUUUAA